AUGGGCUGGGAGCUGAGGAAGGUGAUGGAGCUGGGGGCUGAGGAAGGUGAUGGGGCUGAUGAAGGUAAGAGAGCUGAGGAAGGUGAGGGGGCUGUGGCAAAGAUAGAUCUACAUGUGUCCAGUGAGCUAGACCAGCUCUCCCUGACUUACAUAGAGCUAAACAGCAGCCUGACGCAGAGACUCGGGGACAAGGAGGACCUUAUAGGAAACAUGCGGCAAAGCUUGGAGAAGACCAGGCAGGAACUGGAGCUGGUGCUGGAGGAGAUGAAAGACCUUAAUGGUUCCCUACUACAAUGCCAUCGGGAAGGAAAGAAAUCUAUGGAUGAUAAGGAAACAGCAGAGAUAACGUUGAGUGAAACAAGAUCAGAACUAAACCAAUGGAAGCAGAGUAUUAAAGGUUUUUGCCCUGAAGAUUGGAUAUUAGUUGGUAAAAAAUGUAUAUGGAUCUCCAAGGACACAGCUACAUGGAGCCAAAGUAACCAAGACUGUGAGACGCGAAAUUCCAACUUAAUGAUUGUGAACUCUGAUGAUCCUAAACUUCAGGAUUCCCUUCAGGAGAAAGAAGCUGAUUACUGGGCCUCCCCCAGGUUACGGAAUGGCAAGUGCUGGACAAUCAGCAGAAGAUUGGAGACGGAUUACUGCUACAAUAAAAAGAAAUGGAUUUGUGAAAGGCCCCUUGUUUUAGCUUCAAAGGGUCAAUAUAAUAAAUACACAUUUACUGUGUAUGACAAAGAGUAUUCAUGUUAUUAACGGUAGAUCACUUUAUACUGUGUGAUUAAUAUUCAACGACAUAGAAGAUGGACAAUGUUCUCAUGUGCGAUUUCCUCCCCCGAGGCCUUGAACAACUUGGACGGGAGUUAUUUAGGGGUAAAUUUACUAAGA